AUGUCCAAGGAAGAACCGAAACUGGAACUGGAACUGAAACACCACAAGGCAGUCAGAGGGGCAUACAAAGGACACUGUAACCAAGACAUCAAACGCGCGGAGCGACUUCUGACUGAUACCGAUGCUACAAACGUCACAGAACUGAAAGCAAUUGCAGAGCGACUUUCAAGACGAUUGGAAGAAAUAAAAGCCAUGGAUUCCGCGAUCUUGAGCGCCCUAGCAAUGGACGAAGAGAUUAGUGAAGAGGCAGAUCACGCAUUAACAUUCCAAGACGGCAUCCAUUACUGGAUCCUGAAAAUUAAA